AUGACAUCUACAUUUCAGGAUCAAGUGAACCACUGUGUGAAUUUAGGCUGCGGUGGCUUCGACCCCGACAUCGGCGAUGUCGACAAAUGGAAGUGGACGAUCACUGACCCGGCAAAGUACAAGGACUCCUUCGCAAUUAGUGGCGCUGACUGCACGCUGUGUCUUAGGGCAGCGAUUGAGCUUGACCCCGAGCUGCGAGACAAGAAGGCAGACAAGGAACUGAUUGAUCUCAAGGUCGAGUUCGUAGAUAAAGGAGACCUACCUGCAGCUAAAGUCAAAUUUGACGUUGCAGUGACAGUAUUGGAGGUGAACGACAACGACCCCAUAUUUGAGCAGGCAAGUUACUUCGGCCAAGUGUUUAACACCGACGUUGAGGGGAAAGAGAUCCUUGCCAUGGUAGCUGACGAUCUGGACGCUCUGACAAACGGUAUGUUCACGUGUAGAGCCAAGCAAUGCGACGCCGCUCUGGAUGGAUACAUCACUAUCGGCGCUGACUGCAAAGUCCGACUAUCCAGCUCGAUGGCUACUGGGUUUGUUGGAGGACAGAACUUCAAAUGUGACGUUGAAGUCAUUGAUAAUGGGAAUCCUCAAAGAAAGAGCGAGACUAAGCUGGACCUCCAAUACGUGCUUGUCACUACCGUUCCACCACCACCCACUCAGACACCAGAUCCGAACGCCAACGCAAAUGCAAAUGCCAACGCAAACGCAAACGCUAACGCUAACGGUAAUACAAAUGGCAACAUAGCCGGUGGGGCCAAUGGAGCUCUCAACCUACUGUCCAACUCAGCUGGGUCAGGCUCCAAUGGAUUCUCUUCGUUGAGCCCGGGGGCUAUGCUGGACCUCCAAUACGUGCUUGUCACUACCGUUCCACCACCACCCACUCAGACACCAGAUCCGAACGCCAACGCAAAUGCAAAUGCCAACGCAAACGCAAACGCUAACGCUAACGGUAAUACAAAUGGCAACAUAGCCGGUGGGGCCAAUGGAGCUCUCAACCUACUGUCCAACUCAGCUGGGUCAGGCUCCAAUGGAUUCUCUUCGUUGAGCCCGGGGGCUAUGGCUGGUUUAAUCUGUGGAGCUGUGGCCAUAGGAGGCGCUCUGACGGCUGCAGCGGUUGUUGGUGGGAUCCAGGCGAAGAAGCGAUGUGCAACCAGGAACAGUAAUAAGUCGAACACAAGAAGAUACAAAGUCAACUCGCGAGAGUCAAACCUCAAGAACAACCGUGUCAGCACCACCUCAAGUGUCAGAGUCAACAUGUUGAAUGAUCCGGGAGUUGGCAAAACUCAGAUCACCCCUGUCUACUACCGCUAGCCGAAGAAAUCGGAUGUGCUGUGUACUGUCUGUAGAACUGUAUAUUGAUCUCCAUGCUGCUUAACUAUAUUAAUUCGUUCAUUACAAUUAAUUAUCUUACCUUUGACAAGAGCAAUGAUCUGUGCAUUGCGUACCAUCGCUGGCACUGUUACAAUUGUGUUUGUAACUUUGGACCUAUUAGGAUGGUACCUGUAUCAUAUAUCUAUAAUAUACACGCUUGACCUUUCGGCUGUCUACCUUCGGUAAGCCUUUCGACUUGCCUAUUCUUAUGUGAAGGAAAUGAUGUGGAAUUUAGUCUAAGCAGCUUGUAAAUCAGGCCCUGACUGAAGCAGCUUUCCAUUGAGGAUCUGUCUAACAAACAUACCACGAGGCUCUGUCUAACUAACAUGCCAUGUGUCUCUGUCUAUCUAACAAACAUACCACGAAGCUCUGUCUAACAUGCCAUGAGGCUGUGUCUAGCUAACAUGCCAUGAGGCUCUGUCUAACUAACAUGCCAUGAGGCUCUGUCUAGCUAACAUGCCAUGAGGCUGUGUCUUACUAACAUGUCAUGAGGCUGUGUCUUACUAACAUGUCAUGAGGCUGUGUCUAACUAACAUGCCAUGAGGCUCUGUCUAGCUAACAUGCCAUGAGGCUGUGUCUAACUAACAUGUCAUGAGGCUGUGUCUUACUAACAUGCCAUGAGGCUCUGUCUAACUAACAUGCCAUGAGGCUCUGUCUAGCUAACAUGCCAUGAGGCUGUGUCUAGCUAACAUGCCAUGAGGCUGUGUCUAACUAACAUGCCAUGAGGCUGUGUCUAACUAACAUGCCAUGAGGCUGUGUCUAACUAACAUGCCAUGAGGCGCUGUCUAGCUAACAUGCCAUGAGGCUGUGUCUAACUAACAUGUCAUGAGGCUGUGUCUUACUAACAUGUCAUGAGGCUCUGUCUAACUAACAUGCCAUGUGUCUCUGUCUAUCUAACAAACAUACCACGAAGCUCUGUCUAACAUGUCAUGAGGCUCUGUCUAGCUAACAUGCCAUGAGGCUCUGUCUAACAUGCCAUGAGGCUCUGUCUAGCUAACAUGCCAUGAGGCUCUGUCUAGCUAACAUGCCACGAGGCUGUGUCUAACUAACAUGCCAUGAGGCUGUGUCUAACUAACAUGCCAUGAGGCUGUGUCUAACUAACAUGCCAUGAGGCUGUGUCUAACUAACAUGUCA